AUGCGUAUAGGGUGUCUUCAGUUUGCGCCUAAGCUCGGAGAUGUCAACAACAAUAUCAACCGAGCCGAUGCAGUUCUUAGUCGCGCCGAUCCUGAGGACCUAGACCUCCUCGUCCUGCCUGAACUAGCCUUUACUGGGUACAACUUCAAGUCUCUGCGUGAGAUCUCACCUUUCCUUGAAUAUUCAGGCACAGGUAUCAGCUCGCUGUGGGCGAAGACAGCUGCCCUCAAGUAUGACUGUACUGUCGUCGCUGGCUACCCCGAGAGGGAAGAUCUGACCGACCGAUGGCCUGCUGAUCCCGCGUACUACAACUCGGUCAUUGGUGUCAGUCCUGAUGGCGAGUCGAUCAUAAACUACCGCAAAUCACAUCUUUACUAUACAGACGAGACAUGGGCUUUGGAAGGGCCCGACGGGUUUUAUGCCGGCCGUCUCCCUGGUCUAGGCCGGACCGCCAUCGGAAUCUGUAUGGAUAUGAAUCCCUACAAAUUCCAGACUCCUUGGGAAGACUUUGAGUUUGCCCAACACACUCUCAAGUGUGGCGCUCGUCUUGUCAUUGUGUCCAUGGCGUGGCUUACCCAAGCCGAAGCCCGAGAAUUCACCCGAGAGCCACAGGAGCCAGAUAUGGAGACGCUCAUGUACUGGAUCUCACGACUAGAACCUAUCAUACAGAUCAAGUCGAAUCAAGAGGUCUUUGUUGUCUUCGCCAACCGUACCGAGUGA